AUGGCGGAAGAGGACAACUUUCUUUCACAAAGUUAUUCGUUUGUCUACAGUGGCCUCCUUAAAGCUUUAAUCGCUGUGAUUGUGGUGCUUAUUGCAAGUUUGGUUAGUAAAAAGGUGAAUAAUCAAGACGAUGCUGCUAAAUCGAAUUCGGACGAGACAAAUUUCUGCUCCUCUUCUCAGUGCAUCCGAUGUUCUUCCAGAAACCACACAAUGGCGAUUGGCGUUUUGUCACAGAAGUUGAAUGAAUUCGUACGUGUAAGAGGGGGCAGAGCCAACCUUGAACGCAUUUACAAAAGCGUUCAACAAUACAAGACUAAAGCACAGAAGGCUGAUGGAGUAUCUGCCCAGAAACCAACAGUAAUUUAUAUUAAAGGCCUUAGCUGCAAGCCUUGGUAUAAUUUUGAUGGCUUGGAACUACUAAGGACGUUGAGUGUGGAACUGAAUUAUGAAUUGAUAAAAUCAGAAUUUACGCGGAUAAGAUUAAAUAAAGGCGAGGGGUGGGUUAAAAACACAACUCCUGAUGGAGAAUGGUUAGUUUAUCAUCUAUUUAAUCAAGGCGAAAAAGUCACAAGAAACUGUAACUUGUGUCCAUAUACUGUACAAGUCAUAGAGUCAAUUGAACCAUUCAUUAGAGGUUGUUCAUUUGGGAAUGCGCUGUUUUCAGUAAUCAGACCCAGAACACACAUAACUGAACAUUACGGUCCCACAAACUGUCGAAUAAGAUGUCACGUACCUUUGUUUGUUCCAAAAGGAUGUUGUUUGCGUGUGAAUGGAGUGGAAAGGAAAUGGAAAGAGAAUGAACUCUUGUUAUUUGACGAUUCUUUUCUCCAUGAAGCAUGGAACAGGGGGAUGGAUGGUGACCGAGUUGUCCUUAUGUUGGAUCUCUGGCAUCCAGAACUUACUUGUUUUGAAAGAGAGGCUAUAACGUUUCUUUUUCCAUCAGUUGUUAUAAAUUAA